AUGGCGGAAAACUCCUGGAUGGCGGUCUGGUAUGCGAAGGUUACGAAGCUCUUUGCUCACACAACUGCUCCGACUGAAGAGCAACAACAGCACGACAGCAUGCAGCCAUAUGAAGAAGACAAGGAAAACAGCCACAGGGCAAGUGUCGAAGAUUGCUCGGAUGAGGAAGGCAAUGAGAACAACCGUGAGGCGAGGUUAGAGGAUGGCUCAGACGAAGAGGACACCAAGAGUGGCGAAGACGUCCCAACAGAGGCCACAGACGCUGACGCAGCAGCCCGCGCUGGAUCCUCCGGUAUCAACGGUACGAACGGCAGCCUCGGCAAGCUCUGGGCCACCGCACGUCGUGCAGCUGUCAGCAAGGCGACUGAAUUGGCAGUUCGGGCCAAAGAUUCCGUAGCCAAUGCAAUCAAGAAGACCAAAGAGCUUGGAGCGGUCGGCACAGCCAAAGCGAUUGGUAGUUGGAUGAAGGAACAUCCUUGGGAGACUGCGGCUAUCGUCACUAUCAUUGCCCUUGCAUGUACUGGGAUAGGUCUUUCUGCGGUGGGCUUCGGAACAGGCGGUGUCGCAGCUGGUAGUAUUGCAGCAGGCUUACAAGCAGGAAUCGGCAAUGUCGUCGCAGGAUCACUUUUCGCAACAUGUACCAGCGCCAUGAUGGGUGGUUCCGGGGCCGUGAUAAUUUUCGGGGGUAUUGGAAUUGGAACAUUCGCGACCGUUGGCGGGGGUUUGGCUGCCCGGAGACGAUGGAAAAGCCAGCGUGAGAGUGCACUAGUCAAAAGGAGCCAUACCAGGACCUUCUCGGAGACUUCAGCUAAAGCUAUGGACGACGCUAUCUUCUGGACAAUCUGCGCAUCGGCGUAUGUUGUGUACUACAUGAAGAGUUGGUGGCGCGGAAACGCAUCGUAG